AUGAGCGCCUCCAACAACUCUGGCGGCGUCUAUGGAGGAGCACCCCCUAGUGGCUACACAGGUGGCCCUCCUCCUACUUCGGGCCCUGGUCCUCAAGGUGGAUAUCCGCAGCAGCAGCAGCACGGGCAGCAAUCUCAGCAGCCUCAACAGUACCAGGCCUACCCUGGUGGAUCGUCAUCUUCCUCUCCUUUGCAAUCGGGAAAUAUGUCUCGUCCGUGGUCCAAUCAAGGAUAUCCUCCUCCUGCCGGCCCGCCUCCGCAGCUGCGUCCGGGGCAGUCGCCAUCGCCUUACCCGCAGUCUUCGUCACAGCAGUAUCAGCAGCAAUACCAGGCUUACCCUCCGGUCCCGCCUAACAAGCCAUCGCCAUCGCCUGCAUACUCGGGAGCGCCUCCGCCUCAAACACAUUCUCCAGCACCGUAUUCACCGCAUACGCCUCAUCCCCAAUCCUAUUCUCCGGCGCCUUCUUACGGCAACGCGCCGUACAGACAAGGCUCUCAAAACUACGCGCCAACCCCGCCUCCAACUCAGCCUUACGGAGCGCCUGGCCCGAACUACCCCCCACAACCUCAUGCCUCAGGUUAUCCUCCCCAACCCCCUCAGAAUGCGCCGUACCCACCUGGCCCUCCCGGAGGUCAGCGUCCUCAGCAGGGGCCCCCAGCAGGUGGCCAGUAUGGCCCGCCCGGCGGAGCUGCCGGCGGAGCUGGACCUGCUACUCCCCAGCAACUGGAUGCUUAUCGGCAGCUUCUAAUUGCAACGAUCCAAGAGAAGAAUCUUCAAAAUUUCUACCCUCCUGACAAACUCGACCGGCUGGUGCAAGGCCUCUCUCGAGAUGGACCUACCAAGGUCAACAGAAUUGUUAACGAAUUCGCUCUGCCUAUUGAAAUAGCCAUGGAUGUCAUCAAACUUUCGCUCUAUGAUAUUGUCCUUUAUGUGGACGAUAGCGGCUCCAUCGAGUUCGAGGAAAAGGGUGUCAGAAAGGAGCAGCUGAAGCAAAUCCUUGGAAUCGUCGCGACUGUGGCGUCUACCUUUGACGAGGAUGGUAUCAGCUUGCGUUUCAUGAACAACGACUUCAUGCAAAAUAACAUUCGCAGUGCGCAGGAUGUUGAGCAGAUCAUUUCCAACAUUCGCUUCUCUGGUAUGACUCCUUUGGGGUCGGCUUUGAGGACCAAGGUGCUUGAUCCCAUCAUCGUAGGCCCAGCAAGAGCAGGCCGCCUGCAAAAGCCGGUGCUCGUCAUCACAAUCACCGAUGGACAGCCUGCUGGAGAGCCACUGGACUCCGUAUCUCAGGGAAUUCGCUACACUGUUGACGAGGUCUCGAGAACCCAGUAUGGCCGCGGUGCGGUUGCCUUCCAGUUCUCGCAGGUCGGGAACGACACCAAGGCUCGCGACUUCCUCGGCAGUCUCGAUAACGACCCUAGCAUUGGUGGUUUGAUUGACUGCACAUCCAACUUCGAGGUUGAGCAGGACGAGAUGUCGCGUGCAAACCCACCUGUCCACCUCACCCGUGAACUGUGGUGCGCGAAGCUCAUGCUCGGCUCUAUCGAUUCAUCAUACGACACCAAGGACGAGAAGGGUAGCGGCCCGUCCGGUGCCCCUCCUGGACCUCCAGGCCAGUACGGCGGUGGCUAUAAUCAGCAGCCAGGUUACCCUAAUCAGUCUCCCGCCCCGGGAUACGGCUCGUCUGCACCAUACAACCCCGGACAACAAGCUUAUAGCCCUUCUCCUUACCCUCAAAGCAGUGGACCUGGCGGUUACCAGCAGCCCCAAUAUGCACAACAACCUUAUGGCGCCUAUCAACCGGGCUAUCCUGGUCAACAACCUUCUUAUGGGGGCCAGCAACCACCUCCACAGCAGUAUGGACAAAGGCCCGGUGGAAAUCAGUACCCAGGCCAGCAGCCUCCCUACGGACAACAGAGAUAUUAG